AUGGCCGACCACCCCCCAGACUAUGCCCCUACCCUCCCACAGAUCCUGGUGGUACCCCUCCCCGACGCCGCUUCAUUCUUCUGCGGGCCAUCUGUCCAGGGCGAGGUCUUUGUCAAGGGCCUCGGUGCUGGCGAGGAGCACGGUGUACAGGCCUUGAGAGCCAAGCUGCAGCUCCAGUCAGUGCUGCCCGAAGCACCCCCCAUCGACCUCUAUCCCUUUCCCGAGCAGACGCUCUACCCGGCCCCACCAUCAUUGGACGAGGAAAGUACAUCGACAGCGAGAUUCCCGGCCUGCCACCAAUUUGUUAUUCCUCUCCCAGCCACCAUCCCCCCGCCCGACUGGGUAGACAGCUCGACGGCAGACCCAGAUGGCGAGAUACUCCCUGGAACGCUGAAUCUGUCAGCCCUCUCCAAAGGCGAAGUGCGGUACACGCUCUCGGUUAUCCUUUCCCUGUCGACGGGGCAGCAAGUCGAGGCUACAAUACCUGUCGAGGGAACGCCCCAGACCCUGUUUGCGACCUAUCCACUCUCCAAGAAGGAGGUAGAGCAUGUGCAGACCAAGAAGGGCAUCACGACCCGCCUUCUCUUGUCGUCGGAUACCCCUCACCUCGGUGAUCUGGUGCACCUUGGAGUCGAGAUCAAACCGUCUACCUUGUCUACUAGUGAGCAAGCAGGAUAUCAGAAGGGCUCGACAAGUGCAGAGCAGGAGGCCAAGGGCAUUCUGAGGCGUAUGCGCAGAAUACGGGUCGAGUUCUACCGCUUGGUCACCAUCCAUUCCUCGCAAUCCUCGUCUUCCACCCCUCCUGCUCCCGAACAGCACUACACUCUCCUCCACUCCUCCGGCAAAUCCCUGCGCUACCCCGGUCCUCCCCCUCUCCCGGCACCGCGCCUGCUGUUCACUAUCCCAACAGCUCAAACCGGCCAUCUGGCAGAACGGACGUGGGGCGAGAUCAACCAGCGCGCAGGAUGGCACGAGGUCCAAUUCGGUGUGCGCGUCAGAGUCGGGCUGGGCGAUGGGGGCAGUGCAGGUCCAUCAGGCCCGGCCAGUUCCGAGAGCGAGGACGAUGGGUGGACGAUCGAGCACCCCAUCGUCAUCUUGCCCAAGAUCUACCGGCCGCCUUCUGCCUCUUCUUCCACUUUCCCUGAUACCAUCUCUGAGCCUCCUUCGCCCAUUCUCGAUCCCGAAGUGGAACAGCAGCGAGCUAGAGAAGCGUACAGGCUUAAAGGGCGGGAUAUCGUCGGUGCCCAAGGGACCACCAGGGCAGAAGACGUACCCGGGGAUGAUCUCCCACCUCCAUUCGAGCCUGGACGUCGUCCAUCACAGGCUGGCCCAUCGGCCUCAUACCCACCUCCGCCAGUCGAGCAAGAGCCAGAAGCGGCAGGUUCCGGUCCGAGCGGGCUUCCGACGUUCUUGGAGUCUCAAGCGCAAGAGGAGAGGAGGCGAGGCAGUGUGAGCGUGGUACUCCCGCAUAGAGAUACGGGCAAGGAGAGGGAGUCGAACGAUGUUACUCCCGCUGCUGUGGAGCCUGUGAGGGAAGAGUUGAGAGUGGGUAGAGAUGGGCUCUCAGGUGAACUCGCUACCUGGGUCGAGUACGACGGCUAUGAAACGUUCUCCCAGCCUCCUCCUUCCCUCGCCGCCUCGUUACACGCCCGCGGCUCCAUGGACCCACCCCAACCAGGCGAGCUCGUCCAGGUGGUGAAUGGCGUGGUGGAAGACGUAGUCGCUCGUCUGGGGCUGGACGGGGCUGGACAGGCGGGAGGCGCUGUAGAGUUGAUGGAACAUCUCGGACUCGGUGACGGUACACGAGUCGUCGAUCUCCAGGACGACCUCCCACCAGGUAUCGACGAACCCUCCCUCCCCGCCCUCCCAUCCUUCAACUCUCCCCACUCCCAACCCCCUCCCCGCACAUUCCAACAAUUCUCCACCCAAACCCUCCCCACCAACGCCCAUCCCCUACACUCCCCGCCUUUGCCUGCAACCCCACCUCCACCACAUGAAUCGCAACAUGCGCCGCCGAGCUUUGAUGCGAGCCAGGCGGCGAAUGCUGUAGGGGGCGUGGCGGCUAGUGGGCCGGUGGCUGGGGCUGAGGAAGGUGGUGAUGUGGUAUCGGCGCCUGGGGCGGGUCCUGAAGGACAGGGGGCACCGCCGGGGUAUGAUAGGGGUGGACUGCCGCCGUAUAGCCAGGGCUAG